UUCAAAUAUGGCUGCCUUGGAGAAACAAAUAUUUCCAUUUUGUUACUCGAAUUCUAUUUAAUCAAUCAUAGGUUAUAUCAGCCCAAACUUAAACCUGAUUUUUCUAAAAUAAGUUCUUAAGAGGUAUUGUCAUCUAAUAAAAAUGGCAGCAGGCAUUGAUGUGAGAGAGAUUUUGGAGUUGGAAACAGGCACAGAGAAAGAAGGUAUCACCAAAGAAUCCAUCCUGAAUGAUGGUAAAAAGAAAAAGCCAAAGAAGGUUGACCUCACAUUCAAAAGGCCAGAAGGUAUGCAUAGAGAGCUGUGGGGAUUGCUCUGGACAGAUAGCAAAGAUGCACCACCUAUUGUUCCCUCAGACACAAAUCAGGGAUACAAACAGAUGAAAGCAAAAAUUGGCUCAAGUCGAGUGCGGCCUUGGAAAUGGAUGCCUUUCACAAAUCCAGCAAGAAAGGAUGGCGCAAUUUUUUACCACUACCGAAGAGUGGCCGACGAAGGUAAAGACUACCCAUUUGCACGGUUCAAUAAGAGUGUUGACGUGCCCACAUACUCUGACCUGGAAUACCAGCAACAUCUCCACGAUGAUAACUGGCCCCGUCAAGAAACCGAUCAUCUGUUCGACCUGUGUAAACGAUUUGACCUGCGCUUUAUCAUAAUACACGACCGAUGGAACAAAGAAAAAUACAGAGACCGAAGCAUUGAGGACCUCAAGGAGAGAUACUAUAACGUGUGCAAUAUAUUAGCCAAGGUAAGAGCACCACAGGGGAUUGAACCCAAGAUCCGAGUGUUUGAUGCAGAACAUGAGCGGAGAAGAAAGUCACAACUCAUGAAGCUGUUUGACAGAACUCAUGAACAAGUUGAAGAGGAAGAGAAUCUGAUAACGGAGUUGAAGAAGAUCGAGCUGCGUAAACGAGAGCGAGAGAAGAAGACGCAGGAUCUACAGAAACUGAUCAUUGCCGCCGACAGCAACUUCGACAACCGGCGUGCUGAGAGGAGAAACAUGAAGAAGAGGAUCACACCACAGCAGAAAAUCAGAGACAGCGGACCGUCUACACCUGAUGCUGCUGGGAUAAAGUUUGCAGAUUUGAAACAGUCUGGUGUUACACUGCGCAGUCAGAGGAUGAAGCUGCCAGCAUCAGUGGGACAAAAGAAAUUGAAGGCAAUUGAACAAGUGCUGGAGGAACUCGGAAUAGAAUAUAAUCCCAUGCCAACAGAAGAAAUAGUUCAGAACUUUAACGAACUGCGUCAAGAUAUUGUGUUACUAUAUGAGCUAAAGUUGGCUUCAGCAACAUGUGAAUAUGAACAGCAGACUUUGAGACAUCAAAUUAACACUGGAGGUCAAAUCAAGAUUGAACCUGAGACGCCAUCUACACCAUUAGACAUAAAAAUUCCUCUCGACCUUGAACCCUCCGUUCCAUCUACCCCGACCACUCCAAACCUCGAGACGAGUAUUCGAAUGAGUCCUACGCCGGAGUCUGGGAUAAACACCACACCCGACACGCCCACUGGUCAGAGAAAGCUUUCAGAAACAAUAGACGUAGUGGGGACUCCCACCACACCAACAACUCCAAAUAGAAAACGAAAAACUGCUGUGGAAUCAAGUACCAUAUUAAAGAAGAUCAAGCAGAAAGUCUGAUGUGAAAACAACUGACAAAGAAGAGAUUGGCAGCAGAAAGUCUGAUGUAAAAACAACUGAUGAAGAAGAGUUUAAAGCAGAAAGUCUGAUAUAAAAACAAUUGAAGAAGUAGCGAUUGGUUCAGUCUCAACUUAUGUGUGUGCAGCUUGGUGAUAACCAGAACAGACCUGUCAGUAGAUUUGAUGGAACUCUUCCAAAGUUUAAAUUUCAAGAACCAGAAGACAUCAGCUAGUUAGCACUGAAAAUCUACAGAGACAUAUUAGUGGACUUGAGGUACCUUCCAAAGUAUGGGAUGCAAACACAGGCAGUCAGUGGAUCGUUUUUUGGUGAUGAGAUGAACAACAUGUCAGUAGAUAAGAAGUAAUUGCUCCAAAGUUUGAUUUGCACUAGCAAUACAACAAACAUCUCUUUUUGGCCCUGGGGUACUUAAGAGUUACUGUGGAUUACUCCAUUUGGCAUUACAGAUUAGCACACUUGUUAUAUGCAAGUGAUGGACAAUUGUUUUUGUAGUGUUUCUAUUAAAACUAUUAAAAUUGUUA